AUGCCCACCUUCGUCGUCCUCCCUGCGACGCCGUCCGAUCUCGAAGCCGUAGCCCACGUCCAGUUCGCCGCUUGCGCAUCUGACCAUGCAUUCCCCGUCAUCUUCCCGCGCGGCGCGACGUCGACUUCGCUCACGCAUAUGGUGAAAUCCUACGAGAAUGACAUGUACAGCGAUCCGAGCUGUCAUAUCAUGGUCGUCAAGGAAGCCAUGUCCGGGGAGGUGGCCAGUUUCGCGGUGUGGCAUUUCUACGCUCCCCAAAGCCAGGACGAGAUUGAUGAAGAAAUGCUGACCCGCGAGUUCCCUCUGCCUGCUGACUCGAACAAAGAACUGGGCAGCAGGUUGCUUCACAAUAGUGUCAGGAAAAGACAUGAAGUUGUGGCCGCUAAUAUCGGUGCAGAGCGACCUUAUGCGUUUCUAGCAGCCAUAGGCACGAGCCCGAAAUACCAGAAGCAAGGAGCUGGGUCGCUGCUGCUCGACUGGGGUUUAGAACGAGCGGACGACCGAGGCUUUGCCACGUAUGUCGAGGCGUCCCCGGCGGCUGUGCGGCUCUAUCGAAAACAAGGCUUUGCAGAAGUUGACCGACUGCCGCUCGAAAUCUCACCGUGGAAGGACGGCGAGUAUGUCAACCUCUGUAUGGUCAGGCAUCCUUCGACGUGA